AUGGAAAAAACAUGGAGAUGUAAUUCAUGCCUUGUGGUUAACACGGAGGACACCUUAGAGUGUGCAUGUUGUAUGCAAAAGAGAAGUAAUGAUACCAAUGUUGAAUUGAAUAAUACAGAUGGGAAAACAAAUGGCAGCAUUAUGAACACUAACAGUGAAAACGAAUGUGAUAACUUAAGUGAUGAUGAAAAAAAAAAAAAAAAGGAAAAUGAUGAGAACUCUUCUAUAAAUACAGACACAAAUAUUGAAGCUCAUGCCACAAAUUCAACAGAGGAUACUAAACAUAGCGAAAAUACAAAUGAAGGCAAAAGUGGUAUAUUUGAUGAAGGUGGAUUUAUACCAUCCCUCAAACCAUCAAAUGAUAAAUCUUCCACAAAUAAAAGUAUUUUCUUAACCGAUUUUACAAAUAACGACACAGCUAUGGAUACAAACUCUACCACUAUUACAAGUCACCAAGACACUAAUGGACAUGUUAAACAAAACAAAACAUUAGGAAAUUCCCCUGGAGGUAGAACCAAAAAAUCUAUUUCAAAAAAUAGAGAAAAAAAGAAAACAGACAGACGAGAAAGAACACCAUCUACGCGAAUACAACCAACUCGAAAAUGCACACAGAAAAAAAUAUGCUAUAAGACAUAG